UUUUGCAGAGAACACCUUUCUGAGUAGGCGGCCUUCGUCCGCGCUUAGGGAUUAUAAUACUCACAAAGUUGAAUUCUCUUUCUUUCGAAUAAUAGAGGCGGAAUACCUUUUGCAGAGAACCCCUUUCUAUGUAGGCGGGCUUUGGCCCCGUUUAGGGAUUAUAACCCUCACAAAGUAGAAUUCUCUUUCUGAUUUGCGAAGAAAAGGGGCUGAACACCUUUUGCAGAGAACACCUUUCUAAGUAGGGGGCCUUCGGCCGCCCUUAGGGAUUAUAACCCUGACAAAGUAGAAUUCUCUUUCUAUUUUGCGAGGAAAGGGGGCUGAACACCUUUUGCAGAGAACACCUUUCUGCGUAGAUUAAAAACCCCCGAGAAAAAAUAAAUUAACAUCAUAACCUCAACAUCGGUUAAGCCUUCCGCAAUAUUCUUAUGCAGAGCUUUUUUUAACACAUUAUACUUGUUAGCGUCAACCAAUUUGUUUAGCACGGUGUACAUCAAAGAGACUUUUAAAUCUUUAUUCAAUAAAUCAAUUAGUUAAAUUUAAAAUAUAUUUUGGGGUAUAAUAUAUUUACGUUUGGUUUUCCCAACCGCUUGCUUUUAGGCUUCUGCCUCUAACGAAGCCGAAAAUCGUUUCUUUUAAUUUCAGCAAACUGACAGUAGCGAGGGUUGCCAGUAGGCACAAAGGAAAACCAAAGGUAAUUUAGAACGGUGUUUACACUUUCGAUUAAUUCUGUGUUGAUGGUAGCGGAGUUUCCAACAUUCUCCCCCCGGUAUCUCCCAUGAAGUGGGAAUACCUAAGCUUCUUGAAAGCCGCCACGUCGUACAUCUAGCACAGCUAUAUUCGUUGCGGGUUGGAGCUAUUGUCCCUGCGCAGUUGACCUGUAGUGCAAUUCACUAACUUUUAACGAUACGAUUUGUCAAGGUCUAAGAUACGGAUUUUGUGGUUUGCAGUAACGAUUGUGUUAUUCGGCAACUCUUUUUUAACUACACUAAACAGCUGACAUUUUCUUUUUAUUUAAAUAAGAGAAAGGUGGCAUCACAGCUUAACGAAACGUCAAAAAUUGUGAAAAGCACAAAGAAGAAUGACGAAAAACAAAUAAAUUCUUUGCUUGCAAAGUGGUAUACACAUAGUUUUCUGGAUGUUUUAAUAUAUUUUUACAAAAAGUAAGUAAAAUAAAACGUUUAUUUAUUUUGUAUUAUUAGACAUAACCAUUUUCGCAUAUUAUAGAAAGGCUUCGUCAGUACACAGUGUUCAAAUGAGAAGCCGGACAACAGCAUAACAACUAAGUCGCAUGGUGGACUUUUUGGCGGAAACGCCGGGAUUGGCAGGAUCAAGGUUCCAGAAGCUUCAUGGCAAAUCGGUCUGCGACAAGAAGUGGAGUGAACUAGCGUCAAUGCUGAAUAGCCUUGGUGGUUCGGUAAAGAACGUCGACCAAUGGUGCACAGUAUGGAGGGAUUUGAAGAGCCGUACUAGCAUUAAGGUGCGUGAUAGAAAAAGAAAGCAGGCAAUGACGGGAAACAUUCCCAUUAACCCACCCACUGAGCUUGAGAGGCGUAUAAUUGCCCUUGUCGGUAGCGACUAUGUGCAGGGCCAUGAAACUGUUGCUGAAAAUGUGCCAGUGGAAAAGGAACUCCAACUGCGUAUGGAAGAAGGUGAGAAAGUGUCAUCAUCGAGAUGCCAUCUAUUUCUAACGAAGUGAGCAUUGAGAUUUGCACAUCGACUCCCAUAACUCCUGCAGGAAAAACGCCACGUAGAGGUGCAAAAACAAGGCGUGUGGACGGUGGUACCGAGGCCCAAAAAACAUUUUUGGAAAUUGCUCAGACCCAAGCAAAUGCCUUAAAAAUGCUAGCAGAGUCGAGUGCAGCGAAUGUAUACAUUUACAUUUACAUUUGUAUACAAAUACCAAAUAGACAAGCAGAUGCUUUGAAGGUAAUUUUUGUACAUACUAAUAAAUACCCUGCAGUGAAAAGCCAAACCAGUUGGAAAAAAUAC